UGAUUUUUUAAAGCUUUUCCAGCUCGGAGCCGAGCGCGAAGGGCGUGAGUGGGGCCCAGUUAACACGUGCUUACCCGGGCGGGCAGUACACGAUCAGAGGAAGAGCUGGAUAUGAAGAGAAACAGUCACUGGCUGCCUGAUGUGCCACUUCUCAAGCGAAAGUUCAUGGGUUUGAAAUUAGUUGAGGUUCCUAAAUGGACUUUAAGACGUCUGCUUUCUCCAAAAUCUAUCCUCGAUGCUCUCUGCAGAGGCCACAAUGCCUAUUAUAAGAAGUACAUCGAUGUGAAGAAAGGUGGGAUUGGUGGAGCUGCAAUGUUCCUAAUGGGCUACGUUGUAAUCAGCUACAUAUGGGAAUACAGCCACAUUAAGAAUGAUCGCUGGAGGAAAUAUCACUAAACAGCUCUAUUAACACAUGACAGAUCAAGGAAAUAAUGCAAAGGGAAAUACUUCAUGAUUACACACCAGUGAAUUCAAAUAGUCGUUGCUGAACUGAAACUGUGAAUUGAAACAUUGUUAUUGUAGUUGGAGGAGGCAGGGUUCUUCACAAAUUGAGGACAAUAAAAUUUCCUUUCACUUUCUUUCCUAAUGUUCCUUGGCAUUUGGUAAUUUAUAUGCGAGUGUUAAUUGUCAAAACAAAAAGUUUCUUCAUUUGAAGAAUUUAAAUGGUAUAGGCCUGUAUUUGGCUUCAUUUGAGGUAUAACUGUUGAUGCAAAAUAAACCAUCCAGGGAGCACCUACUUCAAAGGCCCAAGUAUAAGUUUAUAUGUGAAACUUAAUUGAGUGGAUCAUUGAUCAGGCCAGGAAACAAGAUACCCCAAACUCUUUAAAGGUUCAGAAGCAGGUUUAUCAUCACCACCAGCAUGUGCCAUGAAAUUUGUUAACUUAGCGGCAGCAGUACAGUGCAGUAGAUGAUAAAUAUAGAAAAUCAAAUAAAUCAAUUACAGUAGUAUAUGCAUUAUAUUAAGUAGUUAAAUCAAAAAUAGUGCAAAACCAGAAAGAAAAAAGUGAGGUAGUUAUUCAUGAGCUCAUGGGAAGAACCAGUAGCAGCUUUGUACCUUCAUUUUCUACAAAGAUUGUGCCUGGGCUUGAAAGACCAAGUAAUUACAUGUCAAUUAACCUAAUAAUGUUGGUGGGCAAUUUACUGGAAGGAUUUCCAAAGAACAGUUAAUCAUUCAAUAAGUUAAAGGUAAUCAGAGAUAUUUGGUAUUAAUUUAGGAGGUCAAAGCAUUGCCUGAUUAAUUAGUGAAUUCUCAGAGUUCAAUGAAAGUAGUAUAGUUGUAGUGUACAUGAAAACGGCAUGUAAUAAAGACCUACAAGACAGACUUAAUCAUAAAAGUGUGUGUUAAUGUAUCCAAGAGAAAAUGGCAAAUUACAAAGAAAUGCAAAGUAGUAUCAUGGUUGCCAGGAAUUUCUAGAAAUACACAUGGGAGUUUCAUGAGCUCUGUGUACAUGGGUCUACUGAUUCUUAGCAUAAAUUAAUAAUUGAGACUUGUAAGUUUGCAGAUGCUACCAACAUUAUCAGUGAGCCAACAGUGGGUGUAACUUGUAGCCUGAAAGAUAUAAUCAUAGACUGAACAGGUUGGUACGAAAGCAAUACUGUACUUAAAAUUCAAUAUGGAGAAAUGUGGGUUAAUGCAUUCUGCAAUAGCAAACAAAGCAAUGGAAUUCAUAAUGAGAUUAUAGAGCAUAAGGACGAUAUUGGUGCACAGCUAUAGAUCCCUGAAAAUAGCAGGGUUGGUAGAUAAGCUAAUUAUGGAUUAUGAAAAGUUAUGUAUAUCCUCUGAGAGUUUAUCAAAGAGAUCCAUCCCAGGAAACCUUAUCUGCAUAGCUUCCAAAGGAUCUCACAGGAAUAAAUAUGGAUUCUAAAACUGUACACAGUAAUUAUCAGCAAACUGUAAAGUUCAUCAAAACCUUUCAACUUUUAGUAUUAUAUCCUUUGCAAUAAAAGCUAACAUUCCAUUAGUCUAUUCAGAUCCUUGCUGUACUUGUACCCUAACCUUUUGUUUCGGGUAGGACUCCAGAUCCCUUAACAUUUUGUCAGCUCACUGCAUUUAUAUUUUGUUUUUUUUUAAUCUCCCUUCUGAA